AUGUACCUACAUACAUUAUUACCUAAGUUUGUUUUACAAAGUGAGAAUUUCCAAAAGCUAUUAUCGUCGAAGAUGACUCGCAGAGCCAUCAGCACAGUUGGCAGCGCGCCACGACAGUGACAGUGAGUCAGCGAUAGUGCGACGGAACCACCCGGGCAAAUCACCUGUGUCAAAGGAUAAUCGUCCUUUCGCCACAGAUAUAGAAGCUCCGCUAUCUCUCUUUUUGUCCUUGUUGUUGUAUACGCCGAGUGCGGCGGCGCGAUCGAUACGUUGCACCCCGCCCCUUGCAACCCGGGCAUUGGAAACGAAAAACCCGGAUAACAACUGAAAAUAAUCAGCACAGUUCAAGGCCGGUCGGAAUAGCUUAUUGCGAAUUAAAGUGUGCAAGGCAGUCGCCAAUGUUGGUUCAGUGCAUACGCGUCCGUGCCCCGAGGUAGACAACAAAGGUACACCUCGAUACCGCAGCGAUGGCUUCCAAAGUCCUGGUGCCGACUGGGCCGUUCACAAAACUGCAAGUGAAGAAAUCGCCAGCUGAGCCGAGCAGCAGUGGUUUCGUAUUGGCCGGCGAUGCCGUCGCCAGGGUCGCGCAUUUGGAGCACAGCGUGCGCUUUCUCCAGGAACAGCAUAGGCUGAUGCUUAGUGGACUCCAUACGGAGAUUGAAGCACUCAGAGAAAGGAACAGGGAUCUCCAAUUCCAAUUGAUCUUCAACAAGGAAUCCUCUUUGAAGGCAACACCGCCCGCUGCGGCUGAAAAUGGCGAGAACGCUGAGGAGGCAAAACUAAAGGCCGAGGUGUCCCGGCUCGAGCGCGAGGCGGCGGCAGCGCGAGGCGAGGCGCGGGCUGCCGAGGCGCGCGCAUUGCAAUUGCAGAGGCUGGUUGAUGCUCAGACUGAGAAACUCAAGUCGCUCUCCCUCGGCCCGUGCGCUUGCGAGGCGUCAGAAUCGCGCGCGGAGCUGCGCGCGCGGCUCAGCGACGCCGAGCGGCUGGUGCGCCGGCUGCGCGGCGACGCCGAGCGCCAGCGGAGAGAGGUACACACGGGCGGCUCCGUCACUAACCUACUGUUCGACGGAGCUCAGCACCUGCAAUGCAUGAAGAAUUCACUGCAUGCGUCUCUACGAGCGUCGGGUCUCGACGGCACCUACGGUUUCCACAACAGCUACUUCCCGCCUGUGAACGCGCCGGAUUUCUGGAGGGAACCCAGCAGAGAAGAUUACGCUAACUCGAUGAUAGCACGCCAGCAGCGUAACUCACGGCGCCCCCUGACUUUACCUGAGCUCUCCGGCCAGCAAAUACAUCGUUCAACUGUUUAUGCUAAUCCGAUGGUUGCAGAACACACGCGGCCUCGGAAUGGGUACGAGAAGAAGAAACAGGCAGUCAACGGGGACGCCGCCUGCAACACACCGGAAGAACCUCCAGACAAGCACCGUUUAGUUCCGAUACGCACGAACGAUACGAAACCCUGUUUACCGAAAUUGGACUCUAGCAAUAGUUAUCCAGAGUUGAAAAUCGUUGUUACAAAAAUGAUGCCACAAGUACUUGGUGAGGAUUUUUGUUUUGUUAUUUUUUUUGUUUCUCUAACCAUCGUUAUUUAUUAGCA